AUGUCAAAGCCUGCUGAUCAUAUCAAGAGACCCAUGAACGCCUUCAUGGUGUGGUCCCGGGGCCAGCGGAGGAAAAUGGCCCAAGAGAACCCCAAAAUGCACAACUCGGAGAUCAGCAAACGACUGGGCGCCGAGUGGAAGCUGCUCUCCGAGUCCGAGAAGAGACCCUACAUCGACGAGGCCAAGAGACUGCGUGCGCAACACAUGAAGGAGCACCCCGACUACAAGUACCGACCGAGGCGCAAACCCAAAAACCUGCUGAAGAAGGACCGCUACGUUUUCCCGUUGCCUUACCUCGGGGACACCGACCACCUGAAGGGACUUCCGGUGUCCGCUGCGGAUUCUCUCUUGGGCUCGUCGGAGAAAGCCCGGGCGUUUCUCCCGCCGACCUCCGCCCCCUACUCCUUCCUCGACCCGAGCCAGUUCAGCUCCAGCGCCAUCCAGAAGAUGACAGAGAUGCCGCACACGUUGAGCACCAGCACUUUGCCGUACGCAUCCUCGUUGGGAUACCAGAACGGCGCGUUCGGCACCCUCGGGUGCCCCAGUCAGCACACCCACACCCACCCGUCGCCCACAAACCCGGGCUACGUCGUCCCGUGUAACUGCACGGCCUGGUCAACGUCAAGUUUACAGCCCCCGGUGGCCUACAUACUUUUUCCAGGUAUGACCAAGACUGGAAUUGACCCGUAUUCCUCCGCGCACGCCGCUGCCAUGUAA